UGGCAAAACCAGUUAGUCGUCAACCAGAGCAGCCAGACAACGUAACGCCUUGAUUCUCGCCGGACUCACCGAUUUGCCGCGAUCGUUAGUGUCUGUAUACAGUUCCCAACGGAACCGAGCGAUAAAGAUAAAUGUGCAAAAACAAAGCGCACUUAGAUAAAGAUAACGAAGUUUCCAUGCCAAAGCACAGUGCAAGUGAAGUGAAACGAGAACGCAAUUUUGAAUAGGAAAUAUAAAAGUACUGAGAUAUAGAAGCCGAGACUCGGAGUCAGAAUGCAAAUGUGCCGAGCAUAAAGCGUGAAAAUCAACGAGUUGCCCCCAAACGAUAUAAACAGCUAACUUGAAUACAACCAACUAAGUGAAACCAAGUGCGCCGAGUACCCGAUCCGAAUGACUAUGACUUCAACGGUGCUCCAGCGGCCAAUUCAAGCCAAAGCCGAGAAGAAGGCCUCAAAGUCAGCUAACUCAACGAGAAGUCGAUCCACAAUGGCCUGGUCAAAUGAAAAGCUGCGCUUCUCCUGCAUUGACAACAUCGGCCUGAAGCAGCUAUGGAAACUAAUUGCCUUGGACACGAGUGCUUCCUCCAAGCAGCGCAAUGCCAUGAUGUUGGAUGUAGAGCAGCAGCAACAGCAGCAGCAGCAGCAGCAAUCAAACAAUAACAACGAGCGGAUUCCCAAUGAGAACUGCGACAACUUGGCCGACUAUUUGAGUCACCAAAGAGCGGCCCAGGCACAAAAGAAUCACAUCCAAUCCCAGGCCCCCGCCCAGAUGUCCCUGCUGAAAUUCUUGGCCAUUAAUGCUCUAGAGUUGAGUGCCCCAGCAACGCCACAUCUCCUUCAGCAUCAGCAGACUCAGACGCAGGCGAAGCCCCAAGGCUGGAUGCAGCUUUCCGGUCACCCAGAGAGCAUUGUUCCCACGUCUACCGGAAUAGUGCGCAAACGCAUCUCGGGAUUCGAGGACAGCGAGGUGAAAGCUUAUCGAUUGAUCUGCCAAGAACCACAGACCGCCCAGAUAGUACCCGCUUACUUUGGAAUACAAGAAGUGCAGGCCCAGCAAUACAUUGAACUGCAGGAUCUCCUGGCCGGCUUCCGGGAUCCUUGUGUGAUGGACAUCAAGAUGGGCAGCCGCACCUUCCUCGAAUCGGAGGUUAGCAAUGCCACCCUGCGACCGGAUCUCUAUCAGAAGAUGAUCGCUGUUGAUGCUGGAGCACCAACGCCAGCAGAGCACGAAGCACGAGCGAUUACCAAGCUGCGAUAUAUGACCUUCCGGGAGUCUCUGUCCUCCUCACACUCCAAGGGAUUCAGGAUUGAGGCACUGCGUUUACGUGGACGACCUCCUGUCAAGGACUUGAAGACCUGCCGGACAAGCGACCAGAUUGCCCAGACUAUUGAACAGUUUCUGGCUGCCAGGCGAUCCGUGCAGAAGGAGCUUCUCAAGCGACUAAAGCACAUGCGUCUGGUUAUCGAGCAAUCAUCCUUCUUUGCCCGCCACGAAAUCGUUGGCUCUAGCAUCUUUAUCGUCUAUGAUGACGAUAGGGUUGGCGUUUGGCUGAUUGAUUUUGCCAAGUGCCGGGAGCUGCCACCCCAUAUUAGGGUUGACCAUCGCAGCGCCUGGACUCCGGGAAAUAGAGAGGAGGGUCUGCUCCGUGGAAUGGACGAGCUCAUCCGCUCCUUUGAGGAGGUCUACGCCCGCUGCGGUUCCCAUCGCAGCUGCCUUAAAAUCUAAUUGAUAGAUCGAUUGCAACUGCAGCUGGAUCUGCACCAAAAGACUGAUCACUCAAGCUCCAUUUGUACAGAUAGAAAGAAAGAGAAUAGAGAAGGAUUCAUCUCAUCGUCCGGGCUGAGCUCCACCUUAUAUUACAUUUCCUUUCCAUAUUGGAAAAUCUUGAACUCAGCUCGGUUAUAAAAUGUAAGACUAGCUGGAGAAAAAAUUAACGAUUAGUAUUGAUCACCAAGCAGCAUUUGUUUGAUUAAAACAGGUUUAAACUAAGUAUUUGUGGAAAAAAUCUUAAUCUAAACACAAAAAAUAAAAUAUCUUAAGAAUAUUAAA